UAUUGUAUAUUCUCGUUAAUUGUUGUUGUUUUCUAGAGUUGUUUGUGUGUCCAUAUUAAAUAUAGAAUUUUAACGAAACUAUAGUUUAGUUGCGCGAGAAAUGUCAAACACAAUGGACAGGCUAAAGUUAAUCGCUGAAAUUCGUAAUAGACCACAACUGUGGAAUAUGCAGAGUAAAGAGAAUAGCUCUCGAAUAUCUAUACAAGAUAUGUGGAGAGAAGUGGCAAAUAGUAUGGGACCAGAUGUAACCAUAGAAGAAUGCAAGCGUAUUUGGAAGAAUUUACGUGAUGCUUAUCGGGCUGAAGUUAAACGUAUAGAGCUGCGUAUAGAAAGGGACUUACUAAAGGGUUCAUAUGAUCCCAAUAAUGAAUAUGGCAGUAAAUGGACUUAUUUUGAACCCAUGCAAUUUGUUAAACACUUUAAAAGACGACGACGUAGUAGAACUUAUAAAGCUAUGGAUUCUCCCACAAAUCAAGCAGUUAAUGAAGUUAGUGUAGAUAAUGAUGAUUCAGAUCAAUUCGCGCAAUUUCAUAAUAUGGAUAAUAUUAAAAUGGAACCAGAUGUAGAAAUGGAUACAGAAGUGUUUCAGUGGAUGAUGAAGAUGAUGAUGACGAUGAUGAUGGCAAUUAUAAUCAAUUAUAUAGCGAACAUCUUUUGAAACAAGCGGCACGCCAAGAUUCCCCUCAAAAGCAACCUGAAACAAAACCCUCAACUACCCCUUUUAAAUGUUCCAAACGUUCUUACGAACAGGUGCAUUUUUUAGAAGAUCUUGAAAAGGAAGAACAAAAUCUAAUGAAAUCGACCCGUUUAGAUAUAUCACAUUCCAAUGAUUUAGCUCAUGUUGGCGAUUCGGAUUAUAAUUUUUUAGUUAGUUUUUUUGCCUCAAAUGAAAAAGAUGUCCGAAUUACAAAACUUACAGUUUCGUGCUAAAAUGACCAAUUUAAUGUUGGAAAUUAUGUCCCCAACUAUGUCUGCAGCAACAGCAGCACCUGUUUCAUCCUCCUCCCAUUGUG